AUGGGCGAACUCGACCUCCUGAAACCCACCAUCGAGCGCUCCCUCGGCGGCACCAUCCACUUUGGCCGCGUAAACAUGAAGCCCGGAAAACCGACCACAUUUGCCACUGUGCCCGUCAAAGACGACCACGGGAACCGUGUCGAUAAAGUCAUAUUCUCGUUGCCGGGGAAUCCCGCUUCUGCAGUCGUGUGUUUCCAUCUCUUUGUGCUACCGGCGCUGCACGCGCAGGCGGGGAUUACGCCCGUGGGACUGCCGAGGGUCAAGGUGGUGCUGGGUGAGGAUGUGAGGAUGGACAAGGGCCGCCCAGAGUAUCAUCGUGCGCUUGUUGUGACGAGAGAGGAUGGCUUGAUGUAUGCUAGUUCGACGGGUGGCCAAAGGAGCUCGAAGAUUGGGAGUUUCAAGGGCGCGAAUGCGUUGUUGGUUAUGCCGCAGGGUGAAGGGGUGUUGAGGAAGGGGGAGAAGGUGGAUGCGCUGUUGAUGGGCAAGUUGGCGAGUGAUUGA